GUUUCUGCUCCGGCACCUCCCCCUCACGGCCGUUACGCGCCACUGCGCAUGCGCUGGGGCCCCUGAGACGCGGGGGCGGCGACACAAAUCAAGCGCGUUCGCGGAUUGACGUCACGUCCGGUGCAAAAUUAUAUCUGAAUAGUAUAUAUUUUUUUAAUGUGUCAGUAUUACGUCGGUUUUGCAGUUUAGUUUUUCAGAGAGUUGAGUUUUUGUUCAUCGGAAACAUUUCUUUUUAUCUAGGGGAAGUAAAAAAUGGUGACGUCACAUGGGUGUGUCAACCUCCGUCACGGUCCUCGGCUCAUUUUCUUGCGACUUUGUUUCAAACGCUGGAUUUGAAUAUUGAUACUCAGAUCUAUCGUAGGGGGACGCGUUGAUUAUUGCUUUGAGUUGUGUUUUUUUUAAAUCGAUGCUGAGUUAGUAAGCGUGGUGACGUCACGCGGGAAGUGACGUCAACAGUGCGGUCCCAUUGAAUCCCCUUGAUCGGUUUCACGUGGAAUUAAACCCUCGUGAGAGGGGUGCUGCCCUCUGUCUUGAUCCCACCGGGGCUGCCCUUCGCGCUCGAAAUGGACCCCUAAAACAAAACCUACGCCCGGCGGCGUCGAAGGCGCGCGGCGCUUCUCUCUGCUUGGUUUUGAAAUUUAACGGGAGCCGCAGCGGGCGUUCGGCUCGAGAUCAUUGCCGCAGGGGGGGAGGGGGGGGUCGCAGUCGCGGGGGGGGGGGGGUUAUUUGCAAUUAUUUUAAAACAAAAAUCUAUCCGGUAAAAGACGCUACUCCGGAAGUGACGUUCACAAUGGACAUGGUACAUUUAAAACAAAUUAAUCCGCUCGAGUUUGUAGGAAACUUCAUUUGCCUUUGUAAAACUUCCUUUGCCUUUGUAAAUCUAGAAUUUGUAAAUGUUCUGCCUUAAACGUCCUCGUGAAUGUGGUUGCGUAAUAACGUCAGCGGCGUGGUCAUCACGGUUUGUGGUCUGUACUCUUAAGCGGAACAAAACAAAUAUAUAAAUUACGCGCGUAGUUCACGCCCUAUGCUCCACACCCGUGCUUUCAUUCAAGCCACAUUCCGCCUGUGGGCCGCAAUAGAUUUUAGACGCGCGUCUCGAGUGUGACGUCACCCCGGUCCGGCGUGUCACCGACUUCGCUUGACGUCACCGCGAACUCGCUCUGCGGCGGUGACGCCAUCCCUCCGUGCGGUGAUGACGUCACUCACGCACGCUCUUCGUGACGUCACGUCUGUGGCGAUAGCCGCGGCCUCGGAGAGAGAUUCUGAAGAGACGGGAGACAUGCCGACGAUGGGAGACGCUGCGAAGACUAAAGAUGCCUGCGAGGUCACGGACGCCGAGGUGCGGGAGACGGAGGGAAAUGCAAUGGAGGUGGUGGCGGAGACGGACGAUGAGGUUGGGGAAGUGAAAGAAGGCGACCAGGCUGGAGAGACGAGGGGGCUGGAGGUGGUGGAGGAGACGAAGGCGUGGAGCGAGCUGUCCCCGCUGCGCUGGCAGGAGCUGCUGCACAGGCACGUGCGCGUGUGUGCGGACGAGGGCGUGCAGCGAGAGGGCUGGGUCUACACCGUGGACCCCGUCUCGGCCAGCAUCAUGCUCGUGACCCAGCCGUCGCCGGGGAGCCCCGAGCUGACCCUGUGCACGGUGAUGGGCCACGCCGUGCGCUCCGUGGUCGAGACUCGGGCUCCGGGGGGCGACGCGGCGGCGACGUCCGAGUGCCCGUCGAUGCUCUUCCGGCCCGCCGCGCGCCACCGGCCCUCGUUGGGUGCCGAGGAGGUGGCGUCGCGCCGGCAGGCGCUGCUCGUGUGGCUCCGGCGGAACCACGUGCCGGUGGAGGAGCGAGGCGAUGAGCUGCUCGUGGCCGGCGGCGUGCUGAGCGUGGCGCCGCCGUACGGCCCCGACGACUGCAGCAGCGCCAACGAGAUCAUCCUGGAGAGGGUGCGCCGCCUGGUGCAGGCCCGGCUGUCCGAGGGCCGCGAGCCUGAGACCAACCCCGCAUAGCGCCAAGCGUGUGUGCUCGCACGGCUCCGAGCUGGACGUUUCAAGCGUACGGCGCGCGUGGAACUUUAUGGUGCGCAAGUGUGUGACGCGCAAGUGUGUGAUACACAGGUGUGCUGUGCGAAACUGAACCAUGCACUGCAAUGAUGUACAGGUUAAAAAAAAAAUACUUUCACGGUGUAAAAUUUUAUAACUGUCCAUAAUGAACGAUUAAUUUUCUGGUCUCAACAUCGAUACAAACAUAAUGCAAGCUUUCAUUGUAAACUAUGCAAUGGUAUUAGAACGUGCUGUUUGUUUAAAGUGCAGGCUGUAAUUCUAAAUUGAUUUAAUGUUAAAUUAAAUGUGAAAAAUUACAUGACUAUUGUGGCAAAACAAAACAGUGUUUCUCCCCUGCGGUUGAUUCUAGAGUGAUUCUAGAAUGAAAACGUUCAGAAAACAAACUCUUCAGUGCGUUGUGUAGUACACGCUGCCAAAGGACAUUCACAUCGGUGGUCAGUAACCAAAUCUCAUCGAUCUCAGCGCACGCGUAGCACAUUGAUACAGCAGACGAUGUGUCCGUCCUGUACGAGAUGCACAGUACUCUUUGUAUGGAGAAGUGGGGAGGGUGGGUUUCAAUAAAAUAAAGCAAAGAAUUGUGCCAUA